AUGCGCUUGAAAGUGAACAUCGAAAUCGCCGACGCGAGAAACAAAGAGUUCAUAGACAACCUGCACAUUCCGUUGCAACAGCCAAUAUCUACAGAUACCGUGCGUGAAGGGGCUAAACGAUUGGAGUUCAUUUUGGAAACUUGUCAGCCUGGCCUGGUUCCUGAUGCGCCGCUACUAGGUGCUUUGUUAGAUUUGAAGGGACCAGUGGUUGCCAGGGCGAUGAUCUUUCUCGAAGUAUCACAUUUUGUUCAUCGCCUAAACCGCGGACAGUGGCCUGAAUGGAUUCGCUCUGGAAUGCCCAUGAAAGCAACGUCGGCUCCCCUCGGUCGUGGAACACCUUCAGGCUUGCGCGCAACGUUAAAAAUUCAAAAGACCGCUGGCAAGCUGUUCUACCAUUGGGCAGAGGUGCCUAUGUUGACCUUGCUUGGCCGGUUGCAUGACACAUUGUCUUUUAAGGCAAUCAACGCGCGUCUCGUCGAGAUCCUGGAUUCCGAGAAGGAAAAGGCCCCGAUGACCGGUCAUUUUGAUGAGCAGAAACGCAUAGAACUGAGAAUAAACGACGAAUUGGAGGAUUUCCUCGAUGAAAGUGUCGUCAAUAAAACAGGUGACGAAUGUCCAAACGCGUUGAAGCUGAUUGCCGUCAUGCUGCUGCUGGAAAUCACCACUUUUCUCUGUGAAACCUACCCCAGCAUCACCAAGAAAGUGUCGCAUUCUCGACAGGUGUAUAGUCAGAACGAACAACGAAUAAGCUUCUGCACGGCCGAUGAAAACGAAUCGUCGUCUGAUUCAAAUUCAAACCGCGACGAUUCUGGUAUUGGAGGCGAAAAGAAAAAUUCUCACCGAAAGACGCGGGGAUCAUCUUCUACAGGUUCAGAAGACGUUAUUCAUGGAGAUCACAUUGAGGUUCCUGAUUUUAAAACUGGACUGACUGUCAAUGAUCCAUCGUUAGCCGAGAAUCAGGGGAAAGAAGAUGCCGACAACGACCUGAAUUACAGCAUGAACUUUCCGUGGAUUCAGGUGUACGGCGAGCAGCUUCCUUUGGAAGGCGCCUAUGACCGCAGAAAGGCACUGAUUUACAAUGUUAGCGACAAGAUUAAAGAAAGGACGUUUGGAAUUCGGCCAAAGAUGCGCCGAACUUCGCUCGAAGGGGUUGUUCAGAAGUCAACACUGUCACAAGCAAGUCAGCGAAAACACUCGACAUCAGAUAAGCAAAGCAGCAUUGAAAUGAAAGACAAAAAUGGUGAAAGACGACUGAGCGAGAAGCGAAAAGUUGAUAAAGAUCGAAACAGUCACAAAUUGAUGCUGAAAUACGUUCGACUCCAGGUGGAUACGACAUCGACGUUCAUCGUGUGCGCCGUGAAACAACCUACGGCUACCGUUGAUUUACUCGUUAAUCAGCUUCAGCAUUACGACGUGGACUUUCGCAUCUCUGCAGUGUUGCGCUUUUAUACGCUCUGGCGAAAUCGCUUUCAUCCAUGGCUCUUCAUGGAAGAAGGUGCUCAAGCUGUCUUCAAGGCUCCGCCUCCAAAUAUUGAUUUUUCUCUGCCUUCGCCUCCCGUUGGGCAGAUGCAUGCUGUUGCGAAAGAUCUGCCGUGGAUGCCCCAGAUCAAGACGAAACUGCAGGAACUCACCCUGAAAGCAGACACUGCCAGCCAAAGCAUAAUGACGAUGACCAAAACCCGGAGAAAACAGAAGCAAGAAAUCUACCGACGGACUUUGCAACAUGCGGAAGAGGCGAAAUGCGCAGAAAGAAUGAAGUAUUUUUUGCUCUCAACGUCGGUGAUUCAGCAAGCGGCCUAUGAACCGGCUCUUUUCCAAAUGGUCUCCUCGAACACUAUGCCAACCGAGAACGAAGACGGUGAGGCGCACGUCGGCAAGCAGAUUCCAGUAGCGCAGCCACUGUUCCCUUCGUGCUUGUGUUCGGUAGUGCCGCAUUUUCUUCAACUGUUGGACGACGCCGGUGUGAACUCUGAGGGAACUUCUGGUACAUGACU